UCACCUCAUACCAUAGAUAUAAUUAGUAAAUAGAUUUUCCCAUUCUGUGAGUUGUCUUUUCACUGUGUUGAUGGUGUCUUUCGGUAUACAAAAGUUUUUUCAUUUUCAAGUCGUCCAAUGUAUCCAUUAUUUUGUUGUUAUUGCCUGUGCUUUUGGUGUCAUAUCCAAAAAAUAAUUGCCAAAUCCAAUGUCAUGAAGCUUUCCCCCUUUGUUUUCUUCUUUAAAGUGUUAGUUACUGUUUUUAGAUAUUUGAUUCAUUUCGAGUUAAUUUUUGUAUAAGGCGUAAAGGGUCCAAUUUCAUUGUUCUCCAGGUGGAUAACCAGUUUUUCUAGUAUCAUUUGCUGAAAGGUGGCUACUUCUUAAGCAAAGAUUGUUUUAGUGGAUGUUUCCAAAGCAGUUUGUUACCAUUUCAAAGGUCAGGCAGAUAAUGAUUAAGUUGUGCAUCACUUAAAGGUAGAUUUUGACCUCUUACAAGUUGAAGAGUACUGAAGAUCUAAGAUCAUUUACAUCCCUUGGGAAGGAAAAGAACCUAGCCUAGGGCAAAGAAGAGAGAACUGAAAAGUUGCAGAGUAUUUCAUAGGCCAAAGUACAUCUGCCUACUUUGCUUUCCCUCAAAUCCCACACUUGGCUGGAGUGGCUUCCCUCUUCCUGACAGCGGAGGAGGGUUGCCGAGGAACAUGUCCUCAUCUUUUCUUUGGGGUUUGGUGAUUUUGUUGACAUUUGCUGAAUCAAAUGGUGAAACUGGAGGCCUUGAGCUGCAGAGACAAAAAAGAAGUACUGAGCUCCAACAGGCUCGGAUGGCUGCAGAGAGGGGAAAUUUAGUGUUUCUUGCUGGGUCUGCUCAUAACAUUGAAUUUAGAACUGGAUCCCUGGGAAAAAUCAAAUUAAAUGAGGAAGACCUUGGUGAAUGUUUACAUCAGAUCCAGAAAAACAAAGAUGAUAUUACAGAUUUAAAAAGGAGUGCAGUCGGUCUGCCUCAAAAUAUUUCCAGUCAAGUCCAUCAGCUUAAUUCUAAGCUUGUGGAUCUGGAGAGAAAAUUUCAAAGCUUACAGCAGACAGUUGACAGAAAGGUUUGCAGCAGCAAUCCCUGCCAAAAUGGGGGAACCUGCCUCAAUCUCCAUGAUUCCUUUUAUUGUAUCUGUCCCUCCCAGUGGAAGGGUCCUCUGUGCUCAGUUGAUGUGAAUGAAUGUGAGAUUUACUCAGGAACACCCUUGGGCUGCCAGAAUGGAGCCACAUGUAGAAAUACAGCAGGGAGUUACAGUUGUCUCUGCUCACCUGAGACACAUGGCCCCCAGUGCGCCUCCAGAUAUGAUGACUGUGACAGGGGCUCCAAGGAGCUCUGCGUCCAUGGCAUCUGUGAGGAUCUAGUCCGCGUGCAGGCUGGCCAGCCCAAGUACAACUGCAUCUGCGAGGCUGGGUGGACGUCCCCGCUGAACAGCUCGGCCUGCGUGCUGGACAUAGACGAGUGCAGCCUCCAGCACGCACCGUGCUCAGCGCUCGUGCAGUGCUUCAACACACCAGGCUCUUUCUACUGCGGGGCCUGCCCGACAGGCUGGCAAGGAAAUGGAUACAGUUGCCAAGAUAUCAAUGAAUGUGAGAUAAAUAAUGGUGGUUGUUCUGUGGCUCCACCUGUCACCUGUGUGAAUACAUUGGGGUCUUACCACUGUCAAGCCUGUCCACCAGGGUACCAAGGUGAUGGAAGAGUGUGCACGCUCAUUGACAUCUGCUCGGUAAAUAAUGGAGGCUGCCACCCAGACGCAUCAUGUUCCUCAGUUCUAGGUUCCUUACCUCUCUGCACUUGUCUCCCGGGGUACACUGGAAAUGGUUAUGGGCCAAAUGGAUGUGUGCAACUCAGUAAUAUUUGCCAGAGCCACCCCUGUUUAAAUGGACAGUGCAUUGAAACAGUCUCUGGUUAUCUCUGUACGUGUGAAUCAGGUUGGGCGGGCAUCAACUGUACAGAAAAUAUAAACGAGUGUCUGAGCAACCCCUGCUUGAAUGGGGGGACUUGUGUGGAUGGCGUUAAUGCUUUCAGUUGUGAAUGCACACGCUUCUGGACUGGACUCCUCUGUCAGAUUCCCCAGCAAGUUUGUGGAGGGUCCCUCUCAGGGAUGAGUGGAAGUUUCAGCUAUAUGAGCCCUGACGUUGGUUAUGUACAUGAUGUCAACUGCUUCUGGGUUAUCCGAACUGAAGAGGGAAAGGUGCUGCGUAUCUCUUUCACUUUUUUCCGGUUAGAAUCAGUGAGCAAUUGUCCACACGAGUUCCUUCAGGUUCAUGAUGGGGAUUCCUCUGCAGCACUCCAACUGGGAAGAUUCUGUGGCUCCAUUCUCCCUCAUGAACUCCUCAGUAGUGACAAUGCCCUCUAUUUUCAUCUCCAUUCUGAGCAUUUCAGAAAUGAGAGAGGCUUUACAAUAAGAUGGGAAACCGAGCAACCAGAGUGUGGAGGUGUACUGAUGGGUACUUAUGGUUCUAUUAAGUCUCCGGGAUAUCCUGGAAACUAUCCUCCUGGAAGAGAUUGUGUCUGGAAAGUAGUAACCAGUCCUGGCUUCUUGAUAACAUUUACUUUUGGGACCUUGAGUCUGGAGCACCAUGAUGAUUGCAGCAAAGAUUAUCUUGAGAUUCGAGAUGGUCCUUUGUAUCAGGACCCCGUUCUUGGGAAAUUCUGUACCACUCUCUCUGUCCCACCACUCCAGACUACAGGUCCCUUUGCCAGAAUUCAUUUUCAUUCUGACAACCAGAUUAAUGACCAGGGCUUCCAUGUCACCUACUUAACAUCACCAUCGGAUCUGCAUUGUGGAGGAAACUACACAGACCCAGAGGGUCUUCUCUCUUCUGACUUGUCUGGACCUUUCAUUCACAACAGACAGUGUGUCUAUAUUAUAACGCAGCCCCUGGGAGAACAAAUACAGGUCAACUUCACCCAUGUGGAGCUGGAAGGUCAGAGCGGCUGUUCACAGAGUUACGUGGAGGUUCGAGAUGAUCAAACCUUACUUGGAAAAGUUUGUGGCAGUGAAACCCUCUCUCACAUUAAAUCCAUUACUAAUAGUAUCUGGAUCAGGCUUAAAAUAGAUGCUUCUGUUGUAAGAGCUAGUUUCAGAGCUGUUUAUCAAGUCGCUUGUGGAGGAGAAUUAACCGGAGAAGGGGUCAUUCGCUCGCCUUUUUAUCCUAACGUGUAUCCAGGAGAAAGGAUCUGCAGGUGGACCAUCCACCAGCCCCAAAGCCAAGUAGUUAUUCUCAACUUCACUGCCUUUGAAAUUAAAAGUUCUGCCCACUGUGAUACAGAUUAUAUUGAGAUUGGUAGCAGUUCCAUUUUGGGUUCUCCUGAAAACAAAAAAUAUUGUGGCACAGACAUACCUUCAUUUAUAACAUCUGUGUACAAUUUUCUUUAUGUCACAUUUGUGAAAAGUUCUUCUACUGAAAAUCGUGGUUUCAUGGCUGAAUUCAGUUCUGCAGACUUGGCAUGUGGAAAAAUUCUGACAGAGUCAACAGGAAUCAUUCAAAGUCCUGGCCAUCCAAAUAUCUACCCUCAUGGCAUCAACUGUACCUGGCAUAUAUUAGUCCAACCUGGCCACCUGAUUCAUCUGACAUUCAGGGUAUUUCAUCUGGAGUUUCAUUACAAUUGCACAAAUGACUAUUUGGAAGUUUAUGACACUGGUUCUAACACAUCUCUUGGGAGAUAUUGUGGAAAAUCAAUCCCGCCCUCUCUUACCAGUAGUACCAACUCAUUAAUGCUUGUAUUUGUGGCUGACUCUGACCUUGCUUAUGAAGGCUUUUUAAUAAACUAUGGAGCAACUGAUGCAUCAGCAGCAUGCAUAAAAGACUAUACAGAAGAGUCUGGGACUUUUACUUCUCCAAACUUCCCUGGUAAUUACCCCAACAAUUGGAAAUGCAUUUAUAGGAUCACAGUGGAAACCAGCCAACAGAUUGCAUUGCACUUCACAAAUUUCUCUUUGGAAGAGGCCAUUGGUGGACACUGUAUAGGAGAUUUUGUGGAAAUCAGAGAUGGAGGCUAUGAAAGAUCACCAUCCCUGGGAACAUACUGUGGCUCAAAUCCACCUCCAAGAAUCAUCUCUCACAGUAACAAACUAUGGUUACAAUUUCAGAGUGAUUUCCUUGAUUCAGGGCCUGGAUUCUCUGUUACCUGGGAUGGAUCAUUGACAGGUUGUGGGGGCAAUCUCACGACUCCCACUGGCGUGUUCACUUCUCCUAACUACCCAAUGCCUUACUACCACAGCUCCGAAUGCUAUUGGUGGUUGAAAUCCAGCCACGGCAGCCCAUUUGAACUGGAAUUUGAAGACUUUCACUUGGAGUAUCACCCAAACUGCACUUCAGAUUAUCUGGCUGUAUAUGAUGGCCCAAGUACCAGCGCUCAUUUGCUAAGUCAGCUUUGUGGGAAUGAAAAACCGCCUCUCAUCCGUUCAAGUGGAGACAGCAUGUUUUUAAAAUUCAGGACAGAUGAAGGACAACAAGGAGGUGGCUUCCUAGCCAGAUACCAGCAGACAUGUAGGAACGUGGUGAUUGUGAACCAAACCUAUGGCAUCUUAGAGAGUAUCCAUUAUCCAGGUCCCUAUUCUGACAAUCAGCGUUGCAACUGGACCAUCCAGGCAACUACUGGCAACACAGUGAAUUAUACAUUUUUAGCAUUUGAAUUGGAAAAUCACAUAAACUGCUCCACAGACUAUUUAGAGCUCUAUGACGGCUCCCAGCGGAUUGGGCGCUACUGUGGAGCAGAUAUGCCACUGGCAGGGAGCACCACAGGCUCCAAGCUUCAAGUGCUGUUCUACACCGAUGGGGUCAGUCACCAUGAGAAAGGAUUUCAGAUGCAGUGGUUCAUUCACGGUUGCGGUGGGGAGUUGUCUGGAUCCACAGGCUCCUUCAGCAGCCCCGGAUACCCUAACACAUAUCCCCCCAACAAGGAGUGCAUCUGGUACAUUACCACAGCCCCUGGGAGUAGCAUUCAGCUCACCAUCCACGACUUUGAUGUGGAGUAUCAUGCAAGGUGCAACUUUGACGUCCUGGAGGUCUAUGGAGGCCCUGAUUUCCACUCUCCCCAAAUAGCCCAGUUGUGUGCCCAGAGAUCAUCUGAGAAUCCCAUGCAGGUCUCCAGCACUGGAAAUGAGCUAGCCAUCCGCUUCAAGACCGACAGCUCUAUAAAUGGGAGAGGCUUCAAUGCCUCAUGGCAAGCAGUCCCCGGAGGUUGUGGCGGGAUUUUCCAGGCUCCCAAUGGAGAGAUUCAUUCUCCAAAUUAUCCCAGUCCUUAUAGGCGUAACACCGACUGCUCUUGGGUCAUUCGGGUGGAAAGAAAUCACCGUGUUCUCUUGAACUUCACUGAUUUUGACCUUGAACCUCAGGACUCUUGUAUUACGGCAUAUGAUGGUUUAAGCGCCACAACUACCCGCCUUUCCCGUGUGUGUGGAAGACAGCCGCUGGCUAACCCCAUCACCUCUUCAGGAAACAGCCUCUUUUUGCGAUUUCAGUCUGGCCCUUCCAGACAGAGCAGGGGCUUCCGAGCUCACUUCAGGCAAGCCUGUGGAAGCUACAUCCUCACCAACUCAUUUGAUACUAUAUCCUCCCCAUUGUUCCCCGCCAUGUAUCCAAACAAUCAGAACUGCAGCUGGAUAAUUCAAGCUCAACCUCCCUUCAACCACAUUACCCUCUCCUUUGACCACUUUGGACUCGAAAGCAGCACCACGUGCACACGAGACUUUAUAGAAGUCUUGGACGGCGAUCAUGAUGAUGCGCCCCUCCGAGGCCGCUCCUGUGGCACCUCCAUGCCCCAUCCCAUCACUUCCUUCAGCAGUGCUCUGACGCUGAGGUUCGUCUCUGACUCCACAUUGAAUUCCGAAGGUUUCCAUGCUACGUAUGCUGCUUCAUCGUCAGCUUGUGGUGGAACCUUCCACAUGGCUGAAGGCAUCUUCAACAGCCCUGGCUACCCGGAAGUUUAUCCCUCUAAUGUGGAAUGUGUCUGGAACAUUGUCAGUUCCCCUGGCAACCGGCUCCAGCUGUCUUUUAUCACUUUCCAGUUGGAGGAUUCUCAGGACUGUAGUAGAGAUUUUGUGGAGGUCCGCGAAGGAAACGCCACCGGUCACUUGGUGGGACGAUACUGUGGAAAUGUCCUCCCCCUCAAUUAUUCAUCCAUUGUUGGGCAUAUCCUGUGGAUCAGAUUUGUCUCAGAUGGCUCAGGCAGUGGCACAGGCUUCCAAGCCACAUUUACUAAAAUUUUUGGCAAUGAUAAUAUUGUGGGAACUCAUGGGAAAAUUGCCUCUCCCUUAUGGCCUGGACGUUACCCCCACAACUCCAAUUACCAAUGGGUAGUAAAUGUGAAUGCAUCUCAAGUUAUCCAUGGUAGAAUCUUGGAGAUGGACAUUGAAGCAGCACAUAGCUGCUAUUAUGACAAAUUAAGGAUUUAUGAUGGCCGUGGUGUUCAUUCCCGCCUGACUGGAACAUAUUGUGGUACCCAGACCGCAACUUUUAGCUCCUCUGGAAAUUCUUUGACAUUUCAGUUUUCUUCUGACUCUUCAAUCACAGGGAAAGGAUUCCUUCUGGAGUGGUUUGCAGUGAAUGUCUCUGUUGGACCUUUACCUACUAUUGCUACAGGUGCUUGCGGUGGCUUCCUGAGGACAGGAGAUGCGCCCGUCUUUCUCUUCUCCCCAGGCUGGCCCGAGAGCUACAGCAACCACGUGGACUGUAUGUGGCUUAUUCAGGCUCCAGAUGCUACUGUGGAACUCAACAUCCUUUCCCUGGACAUCGAAGCUCACAGAACAUGCGACUAUGACAAACUGGUGAUAAGAGAUGGAGACAGUAACCUGGCCCCGCAGCUGGCAGCUCUCUGUGGCAGAGAGAUCCCUGGACCCAUCCGCUCCACUGGAGAGUAUAUGUUCCUCCGGCUCACCUCAGACUUCAGUAUAACCGGAGCGGGCUUUAACGCAUCCUUUCACAAAAGUUGUGGUGGAUAUUUGCAUGCAGACAGAGGUAUUAUCACAUCCCCUCAGUAUCCGGAGACCUACAGUCCCAACCUCAACUGUUCUUGGCACGUCCUUGUUCAGAGUGGUCUGACCAUUGCUGUCCAUUUUGAACAGCCCUUCCAGAUUCCAAAUGGAGAUUCUUCUUGCAGCCAGGGGGAUUACUUGGUGCUGAAAAAUGGACCUGAUAUCUAUUCUCCACCCUUGGGUCUCCAUGGAGGAAAUGGUCAUUUUUGUGGCAGUCAUCCUUCGUCCACUCUGUUCACCUCAGAUAAUCAAAUGUUUGUUCAGUUUAUUUCUGAUGGUAGUAAUGGAGGGCAAGGAUUUAAGAUCAAAUAUGAGGCAAAGAGUUUAGCCUGUGGGGGCAAUAUCUACAUCCACGAUAUGGAUUCUGCGGGGUACGUGACCUCCCCCGGCCACCCUGACAAUUACCCCCAGCAUGCUGAUUGCACUUGGCUCCUAGCUGCUCCUCCUGGAAAGCUCAUAAGGCUGCAGUUUGAAGAUCAAUUCAAUAUUGAAGAAACACCCAACUGCACAUCCAAUUACCUUGAGUUGCGAGAUGGGGCUGAUUCGAAUGCACCAGUACUUUUAAAGGUUUGCGGGAGAUCUUUGCCCAGCAGCCAGUUGUCCUCAGGAGACGUGAUGUAUUUGAGAUUCCGAUCUGACAACAGCCCCACUCAGGUGGGGUUCAAGAUCAAGUACGCUAUAGCCCACUGUGGGGGAAGAGUGACAGGGCAAAGUGGUGUCAUUGAAAGCAGCGGAUAUCCAACACUUCCGUAUAGAGACAAUUUAUUCUGUGAGUGGCAUCUCGAGGGUCCCUCAGGACACUAUCUCACCAUCCAUUUUGAAGACUUAAACCUUCAGAAUUCCUCUGGCUGUGAAAAAGACUUUGUGGAGAUCUGGGAAAGCCAUACCUCUGGAAGUUUAUUGGGCAGAUACUGUGGAAAUACCAUUCCAGACAGCAUAGACACUUCUAGCAACAUUGCUUUGGUGAGGUUUGUCACAGAUGGCUCUCUUACUGCCUCAGGAUUCAGACUCCGGUUUGAAUCCAGCAUGGAAGAGUGUGGUGGGGAUCUACAGGGUCCUACGGGAACAUUUACCUCUCCCAACUACCCGAACCCAAAUCUUCAUGGCCGGGUCUGUGAGUGGAGGAUCACAGUGCAGGAAGGAAGGAGGAUCACCCUGACUUUUAACAACCUGAGUCUGGAAGCUGACCCAUCCUGCAGCAGCGAGCGUGUGACAAUACUCAAUGGCAUUAGAAGUAACUCACCCCAGCUGGAGGAACUGUGUAGUAGUGUGAAUGUAAGCGACACCAUCAAAUCUUCAGGCAAUACAAUGAAAGUCGUGUUUUUCACUGACGGAUCGAGGCCCUAUGGAGGCUUCAGUGCUUCCUACACAUCCAGCGAAGAUGCAGUGUGUGGUGGGCCCCUCACACAUUCCCCUGAAGGAAACUUUACUUCUCCUGGCUAUAAUGGAGUCAGUAAUUACUCAAGAAACUUAAACUGUGAAUGGACUCUCAGCAAUCCAAAUCAGGGAAAUUCAUCCAUUUACAUUCAUUUUGAGGAUUUUUACCUGGAAAGUCACCAAGACUGUCAGUUUGAUGUCCUUGAGUUCCGAGUGGGUAAUGCUGAUGGGCCUCUGAUGUGGAGACUUUGUGGACCUUCAAAACCUACAGUGCCACUGGUUACACCUUAUCCUCAGGUGUGGAUACACUUUGUCACCAAUGAACGUGUAGAACAUGUUGGAUUCCAUGCAGAGUAUUCUUUUACAGACUGUGGUGGAAUACAGCUGGGUGAGAAUGGAGUGAUCACAAGCCCCAACUAUCCAGCCUCUUAUGACAGCUUGACCCAUUGUUCCUGGUUGUUGGAAGCCCCUCAAGGCCAUACCAUCACUCUUACGUUUAGUGACUUUGAUAUUGAAGCCCAUGCAACCUGUCUUUGGGACUCUGUCACUGUCAGAAACGGUGGUUCUCCUGGAUCUCCCAUAAUAGGACAAUACUGUGGAAGUUCAAACCCCAGGACAAUCCAGUCUGGUUCCAACCAGCUGGUGGUGAUUUUUAACUCGGACCAUUCGGUGCAAAAUGGUGGAUUUUAUGCCACGUGGAACACGCAGACUUUAGGUUGUGGGGGAAUACUUCAUUCAGGUAAUGGCACAAUCAGAUCCCCUCACUGGCCUCAGAAUUUUCCCGAGAACAGCAGAUGUUCCUGGACAGUCAUUACUCACGAAAGUCAACAGUUGGAGAUCAGCUUUGACAACAACUUCCUAAUUCCCAGCGGUGAUGGACAGUGUCAGACCAGCUUUGUGAAGGUGUGGGCAGGAACUGAGGAAGUCGACAAAACCCUGUUAGCCACGAGCUGUGGGAAUGUGGCUCCCGCUUCCAUCCUCACACCAAGAAACGCGUUCACAGCCGUGUUCCAGUCUCAGGAAACCCCUGCUCAGGGCUUCUCUGCAUCGUUUGUGAGCCGAUGUGGAGGUAAUUUCACAAACCCUUCAGGUUACAUCCUUUCUCCAAACUACCCAAAGCAAUAUGACAACAACAUGAAUUGCACCUACGUGAUAGAGGCUGAUCCUUUUUCCCUGGUCCUCCUGACUUUUGAGUCUUUCCAUUUGGAAGGUAAGGAUUGUGAACUCCCUAACCACAAGAGCCCCUUUGGGUUCAUCCUGCAGUUCCAGGAAAUGAGCUCCUGUGGUGGAGUGUUCAACUUCUCCACUGGGGUCAUCAAGAGCCCUGCCUAUUCAUAUUCGGACUACCCUAACAAUAUACAGUGCUCGUACACCAUCAUCGGUAGAGAAGACAGAGUGCUUCAGCUCAAGUUUAGUGACUUUGAUGUGGUUCCUUCUACGUUCUGCUCCCAAGACUACCUGGCAAUUUAUGAUGGUUCUGACAUCAGUGAUCCCCUUCUUGGCAAAUUCUGUGGUUCUGAGCUUCCACCAAAUAUUAAGAGCAGCAAUCAUAGUUUGCUUCUGGUUUUCAAGACAGAUUCAUUUGAAACAGCAAGAGGUUGGAAAAUAACUUUCCGGGAGACACUGGGGCCUCGGCAAGGAUGUGGUGGUUAUCUGACAGGUUCGAAUAAUACCUUUGCCUCUCCUGACUCGGACUUCAAUGGAAGAUAUGACAAGAAUUUAAACUGUGUCUGGUUCAUAACUGCACCCGUAAACAAGCUAAUUAAACUUACCUUCAAUACAUUUUCUCUGGAGGCACAAAGUAUUUUGCAAAGAUGCAUAUAUGAUUAUGUAAAGUUAUACGACGGGGAUAGUGAGAACGCCAACUUGGCUGGAACAUUUUGCGGUUCCACUGUACCUGCUCCCUUUAUCUCUUCUGGCAACUUCCUGACGGUUCAGUUUGUCAGUGACGUAACCUUAGAAAGGGAAGGAUUUAAUGCUACGUAUACCAUUGUGGACAUGCCUUGUGGUGGAACGUAUAAUGCCACUUGGACCCCACAGAGUAUUUCAUCACCCAACUCAUCAAACCCCGAAAUCCCAUUUUCCGUGUGUACUUGGGUCCUCGAAGCUCCUCCACAUCAGCAGGUCAAGAUAACGGUGUGGGCCCUGCAGCUGCCCUCCCAAGACUGCAACCAGAAUUACUUGGAAUUUCAGGACUCGCCUGAGAGUCACGCAAAUCCGGGACUUCUGGUCUGUGGCAGAAAUGCUUCAACGGCACCAACGUUCUAUUCUUCUGGGAGCACAGCAAUUGUCACCUUCAAAUCUGAAGUUCUCAGCAGAAACUCGAGAGUGGGUUUUACCUAUCAGAUUGCAGGUUGCAACAGAGAAUAUAACAAGGCUUUUGGCAGUCUGAAGAGCCCUGGAUGGCCAGAUAAUUAUGACAAUAACUUGGAUUGCACUGUUAUUCUCACAGCCCCACAGAACCAUACCAUUUCCCUCUUUUUUCAUUCAUUUGGCAUCGAGGACUCAAGUGAAUGCACACAUGAUUUCUUGGAGGUAAGAAAUGGAAGUGAUAGCAGUUCACCAUUACUUGGCACGUACUGUGGAUCUCUGCUGCCAAAUCCCAUCUUCUCUCAAAACAACCAGCUACACCUACGGUUUCAGAGCGACAGUGCAACUUCCAGCCAUGGGUAUGAAAUUCUCUGGACCUCAUCACCCUCUGGCUGUGGUGGAACUCUUUAUGGAGACAGCGGCUCCUUCACCAGCCCUGGCUAUCCAGGCACUUACCCAAACAACACUCACUGCGAAUGGGCCAUCAUUGCUCCCGCUGGAAGACCUGUCACGGUCAGCUUUUACUUUAUCAGCAUUGAUGAUCCUGGAGACUGUGUCCAGAACUACCUUAUCCUCUACGAUGGACCAGAUGCUAAUUCUCCGUCCUCUGGACCAUAUUGUGGGGCAGACACCAACAUAGCUCCCUUUAUGGCCUCUUCGCAUCGGGUCUUCAUAAAAUUUCAUGCAGAGUAUGCGGUACGUCCAUCAGCGUUCCGAUUAACUUGGGACAGCUAACUGUGUCAAGCGGUGUAUUGGUGUGACUGCAGGGCCUAUCAGACGUGACAUUGGACACAAGCCUGCCAUCCUGAUACAGCGUUCUGCCUGGCCCACUGGGAAUAACCUGAACUUUUUUUUCACCAAAGUUAUGUGUGAAAUCAAUGUCUGUGCAUUUUUAAAAAAGUAUAGAAUGUGGCUUGCAUGUGGCUUGGCUGUGCAUGUCAUCCUUACUUCUAACACUUUGAGCUCAACAUUUUAAAAAAUUCCUUAAAGAGUUGGAAAUAAUGACGGCCUAUGUGAUGUCAGUUGUCAGAAGUUAAUGAUAAAACAGUAUGAUUUCCCUGUGAAUGUCAGAUGGGGGUAAUAAACAUUAUUGAACGGUACGCAAUGAUGCUGCAUUAAUUUGUAACUCAUCAAAGUUUAGUCUUUCACUAGCAGGUCCAUGUAAGUUUUCCAGUUGAAUUUUUACACUUGGAUGAACUACGCGAAUCCUUCAGAAUAUGAACUCCGUCCAGAGCCACGCUGCCUGAAUUUGCAUUCUGGCCCUCCUCGUUCAGUGUUGCCUUAACUUCUCUGCACUUUCUUUUCCAGAAGUCCCCACUGUCUAUUCCUAGUUUCAUAACACAGUCUGUAGAGUCACAAAAGCUUAGCCAUGCUUCUAUAAAGUUUUCUGUGGCCUUUAACAAAGCAAGAGCGCCUAUAUUAAAUAUGUGAAGUUAAGUCUUAAUAACAACAUGGGGCCAAGUGAGUGAAAGAAGGUGUGGAACGUGUUACUUCAUCUUACUCAAAUACUCAAGUGCCAGAAAAAUUAUUUCUGCACAGAGUACAGAGCCACAUAAAUAAAAUAUUCCCACCUUUACAAUUCCUACUUCCUUGGGGCACCCGGGUGGCUCAGGUGGUUAAGUGUCUGACUUUGGCUCAGGACACAGUCUCAAGGUCCUAGGAUCGAGCCCCACUUUGGGCUCCAUACUCAGGGUGGAG